GCUCACUCAUGAUACACGUUACUGGGUACACCCAGAAACAAUAAAACAUUUGAUUGUUUUGUUACAGCUUUCUAUACAGGAAAAUAUUUAUCUAUAUAUAUUCUUAUUUUGAUUUCGCUUAAAUAACGUUAACAUUGAUUUUGUAUAUUUUAUUUUAAGACCUGAACACUAAACUAAUCAACCUACCUACUCUUUCUUUGUGUUUUUAAUACAUUUUUGUCAUAACCUGCCGCAAAUCUUAAUGAUUUGUUAUUCUUUCCUUGCAUUAUGGGAAAGAGGUACUAUUGUGAGUAUUGUGAUAAAACUUUAGUAGCCGCACCAUCGACUAUCAGGACGCACAAUAACGGAGCAGUACACCAAAAACUCGUUAACGAUCAUUACCAACAGUUCAAAGACCCUGAGACAAUACUAAAAGAAGAAAGCUCAAAGAGACCUUGCACUAGACAUUUUACAAGCCAGUGUCCUUUUGGCAGCAUAUGUAGAUAUUCACAUUAUACUCCAGAGGAAAUCAAUAAUUUAAAACAUUAUGUUGCUGAAAAAAAAAAAUUACUAACAAAAAAUCCAGUAUCAUUUGGAGAUUUAUAUGAAAAAUUUAUGGUUGACAAUACCACACAAGUUACCACAAAAGAAAAUGAGAGUGUAGUUUAUGAUUCGAAUGGAUACACACAUAUUUUGCCAUGGGUAUAUAACCCUAUCUUUGACAAUUACAGUGAUUUGCCACCAAGUAUAAAGAGGUUAAAAAUUGAUGAUUUUGAUAAAAGUAAUAUUGUGAAUUGGGGUUAAUAUAUUUUUCACAAACA